AUGGAAAAAGAAGAAUCGACAUCGCGGUGCGAAUCGCCAAUGCGUCUCCAAAGAAAACGACCCGCCACCGAUUUGCGCAAAGAGUCGCAGAAAGAAUCCAAAAGAGAAUCGACAGAAUCCAAUGACGAGAUAAAAUCAUCCAAUUCUUCCGCGACCCCGGAGCCAGCCUCGACUGGAUCGGACAGAUCAGAUAUCGACGGACUCAGCAGCCCGGAACACGUGACAUUAUUUUGGUUUACCGAAGCUGCACUCAGGCUGAAUGACAACCUCGGGCUAAAAGCAGCGAUGAAAGAUUGCAAGGCAGUCCGAUUUUGCUACUUCCUUGACGAGCGAUUUAUCAACGAAUCCAGCCCACGGUGGAAAUUUAUCAAAUCUGCUCUGUCAGAUCUUGACGAGCAAUUGAAAAAGCUCGGUUCCCGUCUUCAUGUUCUCUCAGGCCAGCCUUCUGAACGACUUCCGCAGAUAUUUUCGGACUGGAACGUCGUCCGUCUUGGUUUUUCUGCACAUCCCGGUUGUACUGAAAUGCGUCGACGAGACAGAGCCAUUGUGUCUCUUGCUCUUCGACAUGGAGUGGAAGUUGUUUACCGAGAUGCGCCGCAGUGCUUGUACCCUCCACGCGAAAUAAUAAAAGCAGCCGGCGGCAUGCCCCCACUUACUUUCCCCAGCUUUGUCGGAGUUGCCUCGCAACUUCCUGAACCAGAAAAGCCAAUCUCCGUGCCAGAAAGUGACAUUGUCAUGUGCUCAGUUUCAGAAGACCACGAUGAAGCACCGCAAAACGAAAUUCUCGCCAAAAAAGAUCUGGACUUUCCUUGGGCCGGCGGUGAGACAGAAGCGCGCGCACGUUUCAUGUCUUCCCUGCGACAUUGGUUGAUCAACCGCGAGACGCAAGCUGUCCCGGAUCUCCGUGCUGUCACUCCGUACAUCGUCCAAGGCUGUCUGUCCGUCCGCCAGGUUUAUCACGACGUGAACAGAGUCUACGAAGAGAUUUUCGGAGAAAAAGCAACUCUCAAGCUUCAUUUUUCAUCGCUCCACCGCGAUUUCCUCUAUAACCUUGCUGUCGUCCCUGGCGAAGAUCUCAAUCUUGACGUGAAUUUCGACUGUGACGAAGCUCGAAUCCGUACCUGGCUCGAAGGAAAUACUGGUUUCCCGUGGGUUGAUGCGGUCAUGCGUCAAUUCCGAACAGAAGGCUGGGUCGCUCCAACUCUCCGUCAAGCAGUUCUUUGGUUCCUUACCCGAGGUGUUCUCUGGCAAACUCCGGAUAUUGCUGUUCAGUUUAUGUCAGAAUUCUGCCUCUUAGAUCUGCCACUUGCGAAGGGCUAUGCCGCCUGGGCAAGCGGAACUGGUGCGUGGUGUGAAAACGACGUGGCUCACAAAUGUCCAAAAGUCGACGCGGAAUACAUCAGAAAAUGGGUCCCCGAAGUAAGAGAACUUACUGAUGAGCAAAUCCACGAGCCUUGGACCACACAAACUCCUGCUGAUUACGUUUCUCUAAUUGUUCAACACAAGAUUUCUCACAGACGUUCUCAAGCAAAAUACUACGAGACGCUAAAAAGAUCAAGCGGCAAACUCCUCUCCCGUCUCGACAAACUCGGUCGAGAGAAGACAAAAAUGACGCCAUUGAAUCUUGAGCCCAAUUUAUGGGAAGAUCAGAAAUCGACGAUGGAUCGCGAAACCUAUCUCCACUUUCUCCAAAAAGUCCAAAAUAACUGGAGCCACUAA